GGGGGAGGGUCCAUACGUGGCACCGAAGAAAUCUGUGCGAAUCACGGAGCCCCGUGCUAGUCCUGCGCCGCGAGGUCCGGUCCGGUAGGCUGCGUUUCCGAAGGAGAAGCGAAGGCACCUCCCACUUUGAAGAUGAUGAAGACCACGAAAAAGCAUUCCUCGUUCAUCUCCCUGGGCCUGUUCCUGCUCAUCUCGGCCUCACGGGCAGAAAUUUUCACGUCAAUUGGACAAAUGACAGACUUGAUAUAUACGGAGAAGGAGCUGGUUCAGUCCCUGAAGGAGUACAUCCAGGCCGAGGAGUCUAAGCUAGCGGCUGUCAAGAGCUGGACCAGUAAGCUAGACAGGCUGACGCGAAUGUCCACCUCGGACCCUGAGGGCUACCUGGCACACCCCGUCAACGCCUACAAGCUGGUGAAGAGGCUCAACACCGAGUGGUCCGAACUGGAGAGCUUGGUGCUCCAGAAUCCAUCUGAUGGGUUCAUCGCCAAUAUUUCGGUGCACCGACAGUACUUCCCUGACGAGGAGGAUGAGAAGGGGGCAGCGAAGGCACUCAUGCGCCUGCAGGACACGUACAAGCUGGACUCUGAGAGUUUCUCCAAGGGAAAGCUGCCAGGGGUGCGCUAUAACAGCCAGCUGACGGUGGACGACUGCUUCGACAUGGGCAAGACGGCCUACAACGAUGCAGACUACUACCAUUCGGUGCUGUGGAUGCAGCAGGCGCUGCGGCAGCUGGAUGCGGGGGAGGAGGCGUCUGUCUCCAAGGGCGACGUGCUGGACUACCUCAGCUACUCCGUCUACCAGAUGGGCGACCUGCAGCGGGCCGUCGAGCUGACCCGGCGCCUGGUGGUCAUCGAUCCCAGCCACCAGAGGGCGGGUGGAAACCUGCAGUAUUUUGAGAAGCUGCUUCAGAAGGAGCUAAGGGCGAGCGAGAGGGCCGAGCCGAACCCUGCUGAGGAGAGGCCAAUUCGGCUGGGAACCUACGACCGGCCCCUGGACUACCUCCCCGAGAGGGAGACGUACGAGGCCCUGUGUCGUGGAGAGGGCAUCAAACUGACCCCCGCGAGGCGCAGCCGGCUCUCCUGCCGCUACAACGACGGCAACCGGAACCCGCGGCUGCUGCUGGCCCCCAUGAAGGAGGAGGACGAGUGGGACAACCCACACAUCGUGCGCUUCCUGGACGCGCUGUCCGACGCGGAGAUAGAGAAGAUCAAAGAGCUGGCCAAGCCCAAGCUUGCAAGAGCAACUGUUCGGGACCCAAAUACCGGAGUUCUGACUGUAGCCCAGUACAGGAUAUCCAAAAGUGCCUGGCUAGAAGGAGAUGAGGACCCCGUGAUUACACGUGUCAACCAGAGAAUAGAAGAUAUCACUGGCCUCUCAGUGGCCACAGCGGAACUCCUGCAGGUUGCAAACUAUGGGGUUGGAGGCCAAUAUGAGCCACACUUUGAUUUCUCGAGGCGUCCUUUUGACAGCGUGUUCAGGACCGAUGGAAAUAGGCUUGCAACCUAUCUGAACUACAAAGAUGAGCCCGAUGCUUUCAAAUCAUUAGGCACUGGAAAUCGCGUGGCUACUUUUUUAAACUAUAUGACUGACGUGGAAGCCGGGGGGGCCACGGUGUUCCCAGACUUUGGUGCCGCCAUCUUGCCCCGGAAGGGGACUGCAGUCUUCUGGUACAACCUGUUCAGAAGUGGGGAAGGCGACUAUAGGACCAGACAUGCAGCCUGUCCUGUGCUCGUAGGAAGUAAAUGGGUCUCGAACAAGUGGUUCCACGAGCGAGGACAGGAGUUCCGAAGGCCGUGCGGCUUGACGGAAGUGGACUGAGGCCCCGCCCCCCCCCCCCCCCAUCUCGCUGAGCCCCUCCCCUCCUCGCUCUUCACUCUUCUAUUCUCACAGGCCAUGAAAUUUAGAAUUGUACGAACGUCCCCAAUGGGCUGACUCCUUGAACCGUGAAAGAGCCCCUUACAGUCUGUGGCACUCGGUGCUUCUGGGUGUCCCGUUUGCAGUAAACUGAUCAAAAUAUAAACCUUCAUUCCAAUAUAUUCUGUCCGUUGUAUUUAUAACACGAAUAAAUUAUUACACUGUGCAAAUGUUCAUGACAUAUUUCAUGGUGAUUUUUUAAAUAAAUGUUGGUUUUGAAACAA